AUGGCUUUUGAUCCGUCUAAGGUCGAAUAUCCUGAGCCUAAUCUUAAGCACAUGUUCAGUCGCCACAAAGGUGACUGGGGUUUCAAAGAUAAAAAUUGGAACAAUCAGACGAAGGUUGAAUUUGAAGACACUAUCAAGAAGUUCAUUGCUGUAACCCCCAAGGUCUACGCUGGUACCUAUCGUAAAGGGGAUGCAUGGUUAGUUGUCAACCUUACGACCCAUCAAUGUGCGAUCGUGCACCGUGAUGCUAGCUAUGCAAUCUGGUCCGGAUGGAUUCUGAGUGAUGCCCAAUUUGUAUACGCCACCACCCCGCCCUAUGCCCUUGGCGGAGGGGCCCUCACAGUCUUCGGCGACAUUUUGGAAUCUAUUAUCCAGACCGGAAGCCACAACGAACUGGACGAGCUGACCAAUAAGUUCUUUGAAACUUACAAGGCUCAUGGAACCGAACGCUACGAUGAAGCAUCUGAGAAGACUUUGAGCAAUUUCUUUGCGGCACUGGACAACUACAUACCUCCAAAUAUGGCGGCAGUCAUCUCUCCUCAAGCCAGCCACAUCCAUUCUCUGGAUGAGGUGACGACGAGAGCAAACCGUACCUUGGCUGUGCUUGAGAAAAACUCGUAA